AUGGCUGAGGUUGACGUUGAAGGUUUGUUUAGCAAUGCCAUGAACGGGCAGUGGAGGGAAGCUUUAGAGGCCUACAACAAAAACCCUGGUGCAUUGGAGGCUAAGAUCACAAAAACAGAAGACACAGUGUUGCAUGUUGCAGUGUAUUUAGGUCAAACGGGCUUUGUGAGGAAUGUAUUGGAUGGCAUCAACGAAGAGGUGUGUCUCAACGUGUUGAACAUGCAAAACUCAAAGGGAAACACUCCUUUGCACCUUGCAGCAGAGGUUGGGAACGUGGACAUGUGCCACAACAUAGCUAAGAGGGAUUCCAAACUCAUUUGUGGUCGUAACCUGGAAGGUGAGACCCCUCUCUUCUUGGCAGCUGUUCAUGGCAAAAGAGACGCCUUCUUAUCUCUGCAUGGCCUAAAGCAAAACUGUGAUGAAGAUGAUGAUGCUGAGGAUGACUCCUUGGCUAAGAAAAGCAAUGGCGACACCAUUCUACAUUCUACCAUCGCCAGUAUGGCGCUUGAAAUAAUUGAGCUGUAUCCAAAGCUUGUGAAUUCUGUAAACCAGGACGGGUUGUCACCUCUGCAGGUUCUGGCUGGGAAGCCUAAUUGUUUCAAAAGCUGCACGCGGAUGGAGUUACUUCAGAGUCUUGUUUACAAUUUUUCGAUGGUUGAUGAGACCGAGGAAACAGAUGAUGCACGUCACAAUGGAGAAGACAAAACUCAUCACUACCCAAUUAACUAUGAAACAUGCGCCGCCUUCUUCUCCUUGUUGAAGAGUACUUAUAUUCACCACUCAUCUUUUUCCAUCAUGGUAUGGUGGCAAAUAAAGCUUAAGGCAUCUAUCUUUUACACUGUUACAGCAGUAGGAAAAGAUGACAAAGCUGCAAGCAAUGAUGAAGAGAAUAAUGUCUCGCAAAAAUCUGAGGAAGAGCAAGCAAAGGAAUUAGAAAGGAAACAUCACAGGUUCCCUCCCAUUUGGGGAACAGCAAUCCGAUUCCUAACUCAUGUGGUGAAGAUCUUGCUAAUCAUUUGCGGUGUUGGAGCGAAUUGGAUUUGUAAAAUCCAAAGAAAGAAGGUGAAACACAUUCUGGCUAAGCAAGUGAUGAAUGAACUAAUUCAGCGUUCUUCUUCUUCUAUGUACAAGUACGAUUAUAGUGGAAUGAGUGCUGAUGAGAGUGAGAAAGGUAGAAGAAUGCAGUCACCUAUUUUAAUUGCAGCAAAGAUGGGAGUGACAGAAAUGGUUGAAAAGAUCCUUGAUACAGAUCCAGUGGCUAUCCAUGAGGUGGACUAUGAGAACAAGAAUGUUGUUCUUUUGGCCAUAGAGAACAGGCAACCUCAUGUGUACAGCCUGUUGAAUAAGAGGAGUUUGAUUAGGGAAAAUGUAUUUCGUCAAGUAGACAAGCAUGGUAACAGUGCAUUGCAUCUUGCUGCCACCUAUAGGAAUCAUAAGCCUUGGCGUGUCCCUGGUGCUGCAAUGCAGAUGCAGUGGGAAUACAAGUGGUAUAAGGACUCGAUGCCACCAAAUUUCUUUGAACGUUACAAUAAGAACGGGCAAACAGCAAAGCAGCUCUUCAUUAGUACACACCAAGGACUUGCAAAAGAAGGUGGGAAAUGGCUCACCAAAACCUCAGAAUCAUGCUCAGUGGUAGCAGCACUUGUUGCAACCGUUGCAUUCACAACCUCGACAGCAAUACCAGGGGGUCCUGAUCAGAACACAGGUUAUCCAUUAUUUCAAGGAAGACCUGCUUUUAACAUCUUCGCUGUAGUAUCGCUAGUUGCACUAUGUUCCUCUGUCACAGCCCUUGUUUUAUUUCUUUCAAUACUCACAUCUCGUUUCCAAGAAAAGGAUUUUGCUUUGGACUUACCAAGAAAGCUUCUCCUGGGAUUGACCACACUCCUCACAUCUAUAGCAUCUGUCUUGGUCUCAUUCUGUGCAGGGCAUUUUUUUAUAGUUGAAGAUGAGCUGAAAUAUGCAGUUUAUCCCAUAUAUGUUGCUACCUGUUUACCUGUGUCGUUUUUUGCGUUUGUCCAACUCCCUCUUUACCUUGAUCUGUCCUUGGCUAUGAUAAGGAAGGUUCCUCAGCGCAGCUACAAUGUACACUCGCACGAAAUGCAUCGUCAUCAUUAG